CCCCCUUCCCUCUCGCCGGUUUUCUUUGCAGCAUUUCCAUGCUAGAGGUCCCCACCGAGCUGCGGAGCGAGGAUCUGCCUGGCUGCGCCGGGCCCUCUUCCUUCCUUUGUGCAUCCCCCAGCCCUGUGCAAGCCGUGCCCCCCCGCCCCGGCCGCCACGUCCCCGCUGCAUCCCCUCCUCCGGAGCCCCCCCGGCCCUGCAGGCAGGAGGAAGCCGCCCCCCCGGGCACGCAGAGCCGGGGCAGCGGCCAGGCACCGGCUGCCACGUCGUGCCACCUCCUCCUUCCCGGCCCGGUCGGGGCACCGAGGCCGCAUCCCCGCCCGCAUCCCCGCCCGCAUCCCCGCAUCCAUCCCCGCAUCCAUCCCCGCAUCCAUCCCCGCAUCCAUCCCGCUCCGCGCUCCGGAGGCGCUGGGCCCCCCUUCGGCGGAUGCUGCGCGUCUCCCCGGGCCGCUGGUGCUAAAUGCUGAGCGCCGACAGGAUGGAGGAGUUUCAGAGCGAGGAAGAGGAGCCCUGGUACGACCAGCAGGACCUGGAGCAGGACCUACACUUGGCUGCAGAGCUGGGGAAGACACUGCUGGAGCGAAACAAAGAGCUGGAGGACUCCCUGCAGCAGAUGUAUGCCACCAACGAGGAGCAAGUGCAGGAGAUUGAGUACCUGACCAAGCAACUGGAGAUGCUGCGGCAGAUGAACGAGCAGCACGCCAAAGUCUACGAGCAGCUGGACCUGACCGCGCGGGACCUGGAGCUGGCCAACCAGAAGCUCGUGCUGGAAAGCAAGACUUCCCAACAGAAGAUCCAGUGCUUGACAGAAACAAUCGAGGGGCUGCAGAACCAGGUGGAGGAGCUGCAGAAGCAGGUGGAGGAAAUGCGGAGCUUGGAGCAGCUCCGUAUCCGGAGGGAGAAGCGGGAGCGGCGCCGAACCAUCCACACCUUCCCCUGCCUUAAGGAGCUGUGCUCCAGCCCCAGGUACGAGGAUGCAUUCCAGGUCCACAGCUCUUCCACAGAAUUCAACCAGAAGCCGCUGGAGAGGGAGAACGAGCGUCUCCAAGCCAUGGUGAACUCGCUGAGAUCCCAGGUGAACCAGGAGAAGCAGCGGAAGGAGAGGGUGGAGCGCGAGUACACCUCGGUUAUCCAGGAGUACUCGGACCUGGAGCAGCGGGUGUGCGAGAUGGAGAACUGCAAACUGCGCAUCAAGGAGCUGGAGGCAGAGCUCCUGGAGCUGCAGCAGAUGAAACAAGUCAAGAAGUACCUGCUCAGCAGAGAGGACAACCUGUCCGAAGCCCUCCUUGAGCCGCUCAACAACGCCCCAGAAGCAGAUUACAUCGACCUGUCCGAGGAGGAGGGAGGCAAAAGCCACGGGACAUCCAUGACCCCUUCCCCAAACCACCCGGUGCGGAAAAGCUGCAGCGACACGGCGCUGAACGCCAUCGUCACCAAGGACGCCGUGAGCCGGCACGAGGGCAACUACACCCUGCACGCCAACAACGUGCGCAAGCGCGGCAUGUCCAUCCUGCGCGAGGUGGACGAGCAGUACCACGCCCUGCUGGAGAAGUACGAGGAGCUGCUCAGCAAGUGCCGCCAGCACAAGGACAGCGUGCGCCACGCCGGCGUCCAGACCUCCCGGCCCAUCUCCCGCGACAGCUCCUUCAGGGACUUCCGAGGAGAGGGGCACGAGCUGGAGGAGCGGAAAACCAUGGAGAAGACCAUCAGCAAACAUGUGGAGGCCGUGGACAAGCGGCUGGAGCAGAGCCAGCCUGAAUACAAGGCUCUCUUUAAGGAGAUCUUCUCCCGCAUCCAGAAAACAAAAGCAGACAUCAAUGCCACGAAAGUGAAAAACAAGAGCAGCAAAUGAGUCCUGGCUCUCCGCAGCUCCCACGUGCAAUUGCAAGGGCCACAUCUCCUCUUGAGCCCCAGGAAAUGCCACGUGGCCCCUCUGCUUUGAAGGCUCGAGAGGUCUGCAAGUGAGAGAAUGUCACUGGGACCCAGCUCACUUUUUUAAGCUUAGGCUCUGGACAACCCAUUGGGACAAUUGUACAUUGUAGUUAGAGGAUUUCAGAAACCACAUGACGGAUCUCUGCAUGAGUUACUGCCGCUGCCAGACAUCACAACAGCAAUGUAAACCCCACCAUGAAAGAAAAGAAACCAGUCUCCCCCUCCACCCUUUUUCAGCUUGUCCUAUAGCCCAAUUAUCUGCAAGCAAAAGCCUGGAUGUCCUCCAGCAUCCUGCCACAGCUGGAGUACAGCACCUCAAAGUAAAACAAAAAGCCAUCAGAACUUUAGGGGCUGCCCCAGCACAGCAGCCCAAUCCUCCAGUUAGGUUUUAUGGCUGAGAACCUAUGCUUGAACCCAAGAGACUUCUGUCUCUGCCUUCCCCAAAGGGCAGCGUGGUCUUGCUAUUUAAGCCAUUCUCUUAUCAGUCAGGUUUUUCAGCUUUUUACAAUGCAAGCUCAUUGCAACUGGAAAAACUUGAAGAGAAACAUAAGACUGAUUGUUCCAUCUCCAUCAGAGUCGCUCAGUGUUUCAGUCCACACUCUCCAGACCUUGCAGGCAUGUGGGAUUUAUUCACGUUAAGUCUGCUCUGGUAUUUCAACCCAGGUGAAGCACCGUGCCUGGUAGGAAGUCGGUGCCUAGGGCUUUCCCAUGGUGAGACAAGAAGUGCUAUUACAAUAUCAGAGACACAUUUUCAUCUCACGGUCUGGGUAUCAGCUCCCUGUGCUGUGCUCUUCAAAAGGUCAUUGUCCCAUCGUAGCAAAUUCCUUAAAAACAGCUUGCAUGGGCUCAAAACUGACUCCCAGGGACUCACACACAAGCCAGGGGAUGCAGCAUCUCCCAGGUCAGGAGUCUGGCCCUGGCAGUAGCACGGAUCACACAUCACCCCUCACUCCUGCUCCAAACAUCUCCCCAGCCACAAGGACAGAUUUCAGCUUCCUGCUGAAAAUAAUCUUUCUUGUCUGAGACACUGUUGCCUCUCAUGUUCCAGUUCCCUUUCCAGCAUUGAAAUCUCCUCACUUUGGCUUCCACAGACAUGCAAACAUGCAGCCAAAAGGCCUCUGCAGUCUCAGGAAUCACCAGUUUCCAGCUUCCAUGAACUAGAUGAUGACCUUGUACAGUCAGACACGUUUUAGGCAGAGAAGCAGCAUCAAGUUACAGCUUAGGCAACACCCUGAGCUUUGAGCCACAAAACCCAGCAGUUCAGUGUAAGCAACCCACUCUGUAACCCCCUGGAGCAACCAUCAGCUACAUCUGGAUUCUGUUUUCACCAGCUUACAUCCCAAAAUCUUGGGUCAACAGCUGGAACCUUUGCAACAUUGAGAGAAAAAAAUGCGAAUGUGGCUUUGGAAGGGGAAGACUGUGGAAAUGGAAUAAUCCCCUCCAUCCAGGGCUCUGACGCUACAAGGAGUGACCUUUCUUUCACUCCACGUGGAAUUAAUACAGAAACCACCCCCCCCAAACCACCCUCUUUUGUUAAGAUGUACACAGAGGUAAGUUGGCAGGAGUGUGAUGUGCAAACCACCCCUGCUCCAGAGGUCUCCUCCUCAAAACCACCAACUGCUCUUCUCUUCCACACUCUGCAUUUCCAGGUGCCCCACAGCCCCAGAUGCAUCAGGAGCUGCACACACAGCUGUGGCUACCAGCUCUGUAACAGUAUGGAGAACCUUCAUGCCUUAUUUAUUUAUAACGGAAAGCAGUUGUCUAAUAAAAUAAAAUAAAUAAAAAUGAACCAGAACA